AUGAUCCAAGGAUGUCAGAAUACUCUGUACAACACGAGAAUAACCCCUCAUGACGUCGUCCAUCACAGUAAUCAGUUUGACAAAAGCAACAUCCUCCAAGUCAACCCCAUUGAAUCUUACCUCCACGGUUCAAAUGUAGAUAAUCCCUACUUUUAUCACCAACCGAGAGUACAGCACAGAACAACACUCCAAGCUUCUCACGAAAUGGCAUCCGACCUCAUCACAGGUAGCUGCGCCUGCCGCCACAUCUCCUACACGGCCAGCCAGCCCCCGUCAGACGUAACAAAUUGUCACUGCACCACCUGCCGCAAACAGGCCGGCGCACCAUACCAGAGCUGGGCGACAUUUGCCCCAGGCUCACUCACCUGGGACAAGGACAAGCUGCCCUCAGUCCGGAGAUCCAGUGCCUUUGCCACCCGCGGGUUCUGUCCGAAAUGCGGAUCGAGCGUUAGUAUGAAGUAUGACUACGAGCCAGAGCUUCUCAGUGUGACUACGGGGACUAUUGACAGUGCGCAUCAAGGAAAGAUCCCGAAGCCGUCUUGUUAUCUCUUUCCGCAGGAGAAGGUGGCGUGGUUUGAUAUGCCUGAUGAUGGCGUUGAGCGGUGGGAUCGGUUUUCGCCGGACAUGGCUGAAAGUUUGGAGAAAUGGCAGACAAUGUCGAGCUGA